AUGAAGUACUUCCAUAGACUCCUUCACCAGUUAAGCAAGGUCCUUGACUACAAUUUCCAUGCAAAAUGCGAAAACCUGCAAAUUAUCGAGAUCAGUUUUUCGGAUGAUGUUCUCCUCUUUUCCCGUGGGGAUGAAAAGUCAGUACAACUGCUUAUAGAUCAACUGCAAGCGCUCUCGCAGUCCACUGGUUUAAUGGUUGACCAUGCAAAGUGUAGGGUGUACUUCGGGGGUGUGGAAAAUGAGACAAAAAAUAAUAUCUUGGCUGCUACUUCGUUUAUGGAAGGGGACUUACCCUUUCGUUACCUGGGGGUUCCUCUCACCAGUAAAAGGCUUUCAACGCAGCACUACAUGAGUUUGGUGGACAGAAUUGUUAACCGGAUUUGUCAUCGGAUCUCUAAAUUAUUGAGCUAUGCCGGUAGCGAGGUGAAGUCGAGGAAAUCCCCAAUUGCGUGGAAGAUGGUUUGUAAGCCUCGGAGGCAGGGCGGUCUGAAUGUGCUGGACUUAUCAGAGUGGAACACGGCUUGUUUAACAAAAUUGUUGUGGAACCUAUGCAACAAGAAGGAUUCUCUUUGGGUGAAAUGGAUUUACACUUUCUAUUUCAAGACAACUGAUAUUCUGCAGGUCCAGGAAAAACAAAGUAUGUCUUGGAUUUUCAAAGCUCUUCUUAGACAUAGAACCAUCAUAUUUGCCAUGGAAGAUUGGAAUGAAAUUGAGAGAUACUCUGUGGGAAAAGUGUACCAGUUCCUCAAGAAAGAUGAACCUGAUGUUGGAUGA